UACAGUUAAUUUCUUCUUACAGCACGCCGUAAUGCUGUACUUUGUUAAAUUUUUACAAGAUCCAAAAUGGAAAGAAAACGAAAGAGAGGUAUUGACAAAACUGUGUUCUCUAUUCGGAGCUAUAACAUUGGAGAAGAGAUUGGGAGAUUUGUACGGUGGUGGUUAUGCCUCUUCUAACAGUAAUAUGGACGGUCUUUUGCGAAAAGGAAUUAUAACGCUGUGCAGAGACUUAGUCGACGAUGCUGUUGCGCUAGUUGACGUAUUGGCACCGCCAGAUUUUGUUCUUAAUUCUGCUCUAGGAAUGUCUGAUGGCGAGGUAUAUAAGCACAUAAAAGAAUGGAUAUUUAAAGAUAAAGAGAACUUGGAACGACCAUCGUGGUGGAAUGAAAUCCGAUCUAAAUUGUAAUAUUAGAGGCAUGAGGUUUACGGAUACGAGUGUGUUAUUCCUACUUUUUUACAUUUAAAGACUUUAAAAUAAUAUCUUCAAAAUCCAUAAUAACUUGAAACAAAUGUACAAAUUUAUGUUGUUCGUCCAGAAUUGUGCACAUAUUGAUAUUUAAAAACUGAAAUAAUGUUUUAUAUGCUGUAAAAAUGAGUGCCUCGACAUCAAUUAUUGUUACACUUCUAAUGUGAUAAUUGAUGGUUUAAUAUCAUAUUGUUAAUUUUUUGAUAUAUAAACUGAAUAUAGUUUUUAUUCAUA